UUUGAUCUGAAAAACAUGGUAAAGAACGUCUGCAUCAGCAAAAUAGCUGGAAGUGUUGCCGGAAUUGUAGGAUCUACUAUGACGGUUGUAGGAGUUGUAGCUGCUCCACUAACGUUUGGUACCUCCUUAAUUGUCACAGCUGUUGGAGCUGGUAUUGGUAUAGCUGGUGGUGUCACUGGUGGUGGGGCGACGAUAGCAGACCUAGUCAUCUCCAAAAAACGCAAGAAAGAAAUGGAUGCUCUACUAAAAAAAGAUAGAGAACUUUUGGAAAAACUCGGUGAUGAAGAAGUCAAAUUUUACCAAGUAUUAUGGGAAAUAUUUAAAAAUAAUGAGAUUACGUGUGUUAUUCAGAAUGUCCUUAAGAAAUCCAUUACUCGCUACAACAAUAAUGUGUUUGAGGAAGAGGUAAAAAAGGGUCUUGAUGAAGCACGGGAUUAUUUGCUAAAAUUCCUAAGUGCUAAAAAUAGGUAUCUGGAGCCAGCUGAAAUAGAUACCGGACAUGAUACUAGCAUAGGUGCAGCAAACGCCGCCGCGACGGCCGGUAGCCAAGUGGCAAAAACAGUAGCCGUUGCUACAGAUACGACAACCGAUAUUGUAGGUAGCGUUGCAGCAUCAACUGCUACUGCUAUAAGAGUAACAGCUAUUGCUGGUCUUGUUUUAUCUGCAAUUACAUUACCACUUGAUGUAUACACUAUCCUUCGAAGCUCUCGUGACCUACAUUCAAAUGAAAAACAUAAAUUAGAAACAUUUGUACAUGACUUUAGGGAAAAUCUGCAAAAGAAUAUGGAAGAUUAUGAUAAAGAUCGCGAUAUUCUGAAUAUCUUUGUUGAUGAAUUUGCAAAAUCCACAGCAUAGACCCAGAAAUGUAGGACGUUAAUAGUAAACUUUGUGUUCAUUAUAGAAUUUAAAACUAUAUC